GCAUGGAAGCUGCUUUCAUGAAAGCUUUUAAACAAAAGCCGAUCUUUGGGGUUUGUGUCGGUCAGCAGAUGCUUUUCGAAACUAGCCAAGAAGGAGAUGCAACUUGUUUAGGGGUCUAUCGUGGUACGGUUGAUCGAUUUCCUGUGAGUGACACACUCAAGAUACCACAUAUGGGAUGGAACCAAGUUAAGCAGCUGCAAAAUCAUCCUAUGUGGUCAGGUAUUGACAAUUUUGCCAAUUUUUAUUUUGUUCAUAGCUAUUAUGUCCACCCAAGUGAUACACAGAUUAUUUUAGGAUCGACUCAGUAUGGUGUUGAUUUUGCAAGUUGUGUUGGUAAAGACAAUGUGUUUGCAACGCAGUUUCACCCUGAAAAAACGAUUGAUAUUAAGGAUGGCAAAUGUGUUCGCCUUGUCCAAGGUGAUAUGGAUCAGGUGACCAUUUUUUCUGAGGACCCUAUUGAAAUGGCUCUUAAAUGGGUUGAUUUAGGGGCAGAACGACUGCAUUUAGUUGACUUGGACGGUGCUGUAGCAGGAAAGCCAAAAAAUGAAGGUUUAAUCAAAGAGUUAAUAGCUGAAAUUGGCGAAGACUUCCCCAUUCAGUUGGGGGGAGGGAUACGGAAUUUAGAUACUAUCGAAAGUUAUCUCAAUGAUGGUCUUUCUUACGUCAUUAUUGGGACGGCAGCCAUCAAAAAUCCAGGGUUUCUCCAAGAUGCUUGUUUAGCCUUCCCACGUCAAAUUAUUGUUGGCUUAGAUGCAAAAGAUGGCAAAGUUGCUACCGAUGGCUGGAGUAAAAUGACGGGUCACGACGUGAUUGAUUUGGCCAAAAAAUAUGAAGAUUAUGGUGUGGAAUCCAUUAUUUAUACAGAUAUUGGUCGAGAUGGUAUGUUGCAAGGUAUUAAUUGGGAAGCUACCUUGCGUUUAGCACAAGCAGCGGACAUUCCUGUCAUCGCCAGUGGCGGUUUAGCUGGCAUGAAAGACAUUGAAGUCUUAUGCGAGCAUGGUGACACUCGAAUUGAAGGCGUAAUUUGUGGUCGGGCGAUUUACAGUGGCGAUUUGGAUUUUGCCAAGGCCUUAGACUAUCGUAUCAUUCCUUGCUUAGAUGUGAAUGCAGGUCGUGUGGUCAAGGGCGUUAAUUUUGUUGAACUCAAAGAUGCAGGCGACCCAGUUGAAGUAGCUAAGCGAUAUUACGAUCAAGGUGCUGAUGAAAUUACCUUUUUAGAUAUUACCGCUACUUCAGAUGACCGAGAUUUGAUUUUGCACAUGAUCGAAGCGGUUGCUAAACAGACCUUUAUUCCCUUAACAGUAGGAGGGGGUAUCCGCACCAACCAAGAUGUGCGUCGUUUGUUAAAUGCAGGCGCAGACAAGGUGAGCAUCAAUUCUGCAGCGCUUUUAAACCCUGAUUUGGUCAAUGAUGUUUGUGAUUAUUAUGGUUCGCAGUGUAUCGUGAUCGCGAUUGAUGCCAAACAGGUUUCGUCUCAAGGUGAGCCACCCCGUUGGGAGGUCUUUACUCAUGGUGGGCGCAAGUCGACGGGAAUUAAUGCGGUAGCUUGGGCAAAGGAAGUCGUUGAACGUGGUGCA